AUGGACAGGACUGGACAUGGGGAAGGCGAGAUGCAGGACCCUCUCCAUUUCCGUUCACCCACAGCCCAUCCGCUUCGGCAGCACCCCACGAAUUUUGCCGGGUCUCGUCCUCCUUCGCCCGUCGACCCCAACCCUCAGCGCUCAGCACUCACCAGCCGGUUCUCAAUGCGCUCCUCGGACAAAUGGGUUCUUGAACGUGGAGAUACAGCACUUGUACAACUCCCGUGGGGACUACCAGGAGCUGUAGACGAGGACACAACGAAAGACAUCAUGGCUGCCUCGUACGGGGAAUGCGGACGGUCACCGAUCACGAAAAGCGAGACCCAUAACGUUGCAGAGGACAGCAGACUGGGUGUAAAGCGAGAGCUUGAUGAGAAGGAGACGGAAGACGGUGCGAAACCAACUAAGAAACCCAAAGUUGAAGAAAAAGAAACUGGAGAGCAGCAGAGUGUCUAUAAGCCUGGCACAUCGAGCAUGGGCACAUACACUUCUAAGUUCUUCUACCAUUCAGAAGUCCAGCUUCAGGAAGAAACGGAAAUGAAAGGACUAGCACCAGGAGCUAAUGCCGUUCCCGCUCCAAUCACCCAGAGUACUACAAAGCAACAAUAUCGACUCAUCACUGUAGGGAAGAAGAAGCUCCUUGAUCCCGAAGGACAUGGGAGUGGGAGCCGUCGGAAGGAGAUAUUCUGGGCGACUGUAACGGCCGUCGGGGAUGACCUUGCCUCACUGGAGAAGGGUCUCGGGGGAAAGACUUAUAACGCGAAGAUAUAUCAAAGUUAUGUCAAAACGCGAAACACAUCACAUUUUCCAUCCCAAAUCAAUCGAGACGGGGAACGUACAGAGUUCAUUGGGGAUCUACAGCGCGUCAUCGUUUGUGUUGCAGGUGAAGAACCCGCGGGAGCUGAUUACCCCGCCUGGAUCAUGCGAGAGGUCUUCGGCGCAGCUGCUGGACAAGGCCAGAACGAACGUCGGGGACCCAGCUGUGAGAUACCCGAGUUCAAGUUGGACUAUGAGGGCGCCCAGCUGUUGCUUUUUGCAGCAAGAGAGGGCGAACAAGGAUUGGAGGAUAGCUUGGCCGAGUGCAGGGGAAUGUGGAAGUGUUUCCCUCCGAGCCCUUAA